AUGUUCUUCGACAUGGGAAGUCGGAUCAGAACGCCGGCCGGCGACGACUGGUUAUUCGAAGCUCAGGUUUUGCCAGAGAUUUUGAAGCACUUAAACGUCAUUAGCAGAAAAUUGACAAACGUUCGAGCGGCGCUUUGUUGCCUCGACAUUCUUCUGCGACGGUCAGCACCAAAUUUGGCAAAAGAAAUCGUUGAUGUCAUGAUUAGCAUCGAAGGCAGCGAUGAUGAUCUGCACGAAAGCCUGCAAAUCAAGGCCGAGCUGUGA